AAAAUCUCAUUUUACAGGUUGCAGCUCACUAAACGCGAUUUCUGCUAAUAAAGCUUCUUCUCUUUCCUCGCUUCUUCCUGAUUUGUUCAUUCUUCUCUCACUAUAAAUCCCAUCUCCAAACCUCCAUUUUCUCUCACAUCCAUAUACCCUUUUCCCUCUUCUUCCCCAUUUCCUCUGUAAACCGAACAUGGCUUCUUCUCCACUGCCAUUGCUCGCAUUCUUCUUGCUUUUGGCUUCUUCUGCUCUCGCUGGCACCAUUUUGGAAGGACUUCUAGCAAAUGGGAACUUUGAGGAGCCACCAGCAAAAACCAACUUAAAGAAAACAGUAAUAGUAGGAAAAGACUCUCUGCCCAGCUGGGAAAUCAAUGGCUUGGUUGAGUACAUCUCUGGCGGGCCUCAACCUGGAGGAAUGUUCUUCCCCGUCGCUCAUGGCGUCCACGCUGUGAGGCUAGGCAACGAGGCUUCAAUCUCUCAGAUCAUAAAAGUGAAAAAAGGGUCUCUGUAUGCUCUAACAUUUGGAGCUUCAAGAACAUGUGCGCAAGAUGAAGUUUUGGCUGUGUUAGUGCCUCCCCAGAAUGGAAGUUUGCCUCUGCAAACUCUGUACAGCAGCAAUGGAGGUGAUGUCUAUGCCUUUGGAUUCAUAGCUCCCUCAGAUUCCGCUAAGGUUACGUUCUACAAUCCUGGAGUUCAGGAAGAUCCUGCUUGUGGACCUCUGUUGGAUGCUGUUGCCAUCAAAGAGCUUAUCCCUCCAUUGCCAACUGGAGAUAACUUGGUCCGGAACCCGAGCUUCGAGGUCGGUCCUCAUCGGUUGAUAAACUCCAGCAAUGGAGUUCUUCUUCCUCCAAGACAAGAAGACCUCACAUCUCCACUCCCAGGCUGGAUCAUAGAGUCCCUCAAGGCUGUGAAAUACAUUGAUUCAAAGCACUUCAAUGUCCCGUCUGGACUCGCUGCAAUCGAGCUCGUUGCAGGGCGAGAAAGCGCCGUUGCUCAAGUUAUCAGAACCGUACCCAACAAACUCUACACUCUUACGUUCAAAGUCGGCGACGCCAAGAACGGAUGCCAUGGAUCAAUGAUGGUGGAAGCAUUUGCUGCUAAAGACACUGUCAAAGUCCCCUUCCAAUCCCAAGGAAAAGGCCUCUACAAAACUGCCAUUCUCAAGUUCAAAGCCAUCUCAUAUAGGACUAGGCUCACAUUCUUCAGCUCAUACUACCACACUAGAACUGACGAUUAUGGAUCCCUCUGCGGUCCCGUACUCGAUGAUGUACGUGUUGUUCUAGCGCAAUAGAUGCCAUUUCCAUGGCUGCCUGCCCUCGAUUUCGCUUCGAUAUCAAGCGCUAUUCACCGCUAUAGACGUAGAUGUUGCAACGGGUGCUGGAUCUAUACUACAUCCCUCUCUUUUGUAAUUAAAACCUUUGAUGAUGAGGCUAGCUGUGUGUUCUUGAACUAUUUGCAGUUCUCUGUCUCGGGAAGUUUUUACUGGUUUUCUUUUCUUGUAGCUUAUGUCAUACUAUCCAUGAUCUUAGUUUGAAUGUUGAUCAUCAAUAUUUGUAAGGUGAUAUAUAUAUUUCUCUCUAGUAAUGGAGAAGGAAUAAUAAGAUUUUAUUUCGAAAAGA